AUGAUUGGAGGAAAUCCACUUGCCCUGCUCACUCGUCCCAUGCAGGCCAUUAGUUCAGCCUGUCUGUCUGUCUGUCUGUCUGUCUAUGUGCCUGCCAGCCUCGCGCCUCCUCUUGGCUGUGCCACCUGCGUCCUGAAAACUUGUGGUGAAGUAGACCUGCCAUCACACCACCACGGUCCAGCCUCACUUGAGCCGCAGGCCCACCGGCAGGUUGAUUCGCCGCUUGUCUGUCAAUCCCUUGGUUCUAAGCCCAAGGUCGUUUUGCUCUUGUCUUAUAUUCGACGACACUUGGUUCUCAAAAAUAGGGAAUUAAAAGGGAGGAAGAAUCGAUUUUGCGUUGGAUCUUUGACUGGAUCUUUGACUGGAUCUUUGACUGGAUCUUUGACUGGAUCUUUGACUGGAUCUUCUGAAAAGGUAGGCAAACGCACUGUCAUCUUCUCAACUUCCACUUUUCUGUGUUUCUCUUUUCAAAAUCCACGUAGAGCAAUGCUUUCUCUAAUCGAUUGUUAUUGUCAGCAACGCCAAAAUCUAUAG